AAAUGUAUACUUUUAGGCAAACUAAUAAAAUCUGUCUCGAAUACACUGCGAACAUUUAAUAGGCUUUUUAAUUCUUUUCGAAUGAGAACAAGAUGCUUCACUUGUCAUUAUUGCGUCGACACAAUAUCAAUGCAUAUCGCCAUACAACGCUUGCAGCUUUCAGGUGCCAUCUACUUGCAAAAAAUUCGAGCAACACUUCACAAGGGAACAAUGGAAAUAGUUUAUCCAGGUUAACCUUAGAAGACAAUAACUUUUCAAUUGCAGAAGCACUUAAAACCGAGGAAUUCCUCUACCGUCAUAUAGGACCACAGAAAAGUGAAAUUAAAGAUAUGGUUCGUGUUCUGCAGUUAACCAGCGUCGAUGAGCUGAUUGACAAAACAAUCCCAGGUAUUAUUCGUGUCAAAGAAGAUCUCAAACUAGACCCACCUAAAACUGAGGCUGAAUGUCUUGUAAGGUUAAGAGAGUUUGCACGCACCAACCAAGUGUGGCGAUCAUACCUUGGUAUUGGGUACUACAACUGCAUUGUCCCGCCAACAAUUUUGAGAAAUUUGUUGGAGAAUCCUGGUUGGACAACUCAAUACACACCGUACCAACCCGAAAUAGCCCAGGGUCGUCUAGAAUCUCUACUAAACUUUCAAACAAUGGUUUCGGAUCUCACUGGUUUAGAUUUAGCAAAUUCUUCUCUUCUUGAUGAAGCAACAGCUGCAGCAGAAGCUUUAGGAAUUGCUUACAGAUAUACAAAGAAAAAGAAAUUUUUUGUUGACAUCAAUUGUCAUCCGCAGACAAUAUCGCUAGUGCUAACUAGAGCAAGCACAAUCGCAGAUGGCAUGGAGGUCAUUGUUGCCAAUCAUAAAGAUUUUGACUUUUCUCAAAACGACAUUGCAGGUGUGUUAUUUCAGUAUCCAGAUACAAAUGGAAAAAUUGAAGAUUUUGUUGAUCUAGUGGAAAGAGCACAUGCAGGAAAGGCAUUAACUUGCUGCGCUACUGACUUGUUGGCACUAACAAUGCUGAAGCCUCCUGGCGAGUUUGGUUGCGACAUAGCCUUUGGUAAUGCUCAGCGAUUUGGUGUACCCUUAGGUUAUGGCGGUCCACAUGCUGCUUUCUUUGCUGUUUCUGACAAAUUAAAACGUUUAAUGCCAGGCAGAGUUGUGGGAGUUUCAAAAGAUUCAAAUGGAAACCCAUGUUAUCGCCUAGCAUUGCAAACAAGAGAGCAACAUAUACGAAGAGAUAAAGCAACAAGUAAUAUUUGUACUGCUCAAGCCCUGCUAGCAAAUAUGUCUGCAAUGUAUGGUGUUUACCAUGGACCAAAAGGGUUAUUAAAUAUUGCCAAAAGAGUGCACAAUGCUGCGUUGAUACUAGCAGAAGGGAUGAAAGAGAGUGGACAUGAACUAGCUGAAGGUGAAUUCUUUGACACUGUUAAAGUUCUCAACGUAAAGGACAUGCAAUGGAUUUUAGAUCGAGCUGCGUCAAAAGAAAUCAACUUAAGAAGAUUCAGUGAUGGUACAUCACUUGGUAUAUCAAUGGAUGAAACUAUAACAGAACAGGACUUAGAUGACUUGUUUUGGAUAUUUAGCACUGGAAGUAAAGCAGCUGAGAUUGCAUCAAACAUGAACAGUCCGCCAAGUAAAAGUAUUGCUAACAGUGAAUUGAAAAGAAAAACAGAGUUCCUUCAGCAUCCAGUCUUUCAAAGUUAUCAAAGUGAAACGAAGAUUGUUCGCUACAUGAAAAUGUUGGAAAAUAAAGAUUUAUCUCUCGUCCAUUCCAUGAUACCACUUGGAUCAUGCACAAUGAAAUUGAACAGUACUACAGAAAUGAUGGCAAUUACCUGGCCCAAAUUUACUGACAUUCACCCGUUUGCACCAAAAGAGCAAGCACAAGGAUAUUACAAUUUAUUCAAGGAACUUGAGGACGAUUUGUCAGAGAUCACUGGUUUUGACGCUACCUCUCUACAGCCGAACAGUGGUGCGCAGGGCGAAUACGCUGGCUUGAUGGUUAUUAAAUCGUAUUUGAAAAGUACAGGGGAUGAGCAUAGAAACGUGUGUAUUAUUCCUAAAAGUGCGCAUGGUACUAAUCCUGCUAGUGCAGCUAUGGCUGGUUUUAAGAUCAUAGCAGUGGAAAUGGACAAAGUAGGAGGAAUCGAUAUGACUGAUCUGAGAAAGAAGGUUGAAAAAUUCAAGCACAACCUUGGAGCAAUUAUGGUGACCUACCCAUCAACAAGUGGUGUAUUUGAAGAAGAUAUUAAAGAACUUUGUCAAUUAAUUCACGACAAUGGUGGGCAAGUGUAUUUAGAUGGAGCAAAUAUGAAUGCACAGGUUGGUUUGUGUCGUCCAGGCGAUUAUGGUGCUGAUGUAUGCCACCUCAAUCUUCACAAAACCUUUUGUAUACCGCACGGCGGCGGAGGACCUGGCAUGGGUCCAAUCUGUGUGAAAAAACAUUUAAUUCCAUUUUUGCCGUCGCAUCCAGUCGUCCCUCCAGUGGGCACUGAUUUACCGUCAGCCAAACCAUUUGGAACGAUAUCUGCAGCGCCUUACGGUUCAGCUGCAGUACUUAGCAUCUCAUGGGCGUACAUAAAGAUGAUGGGACACAAAGGCUUGCGAAAAGCUACCCAGUUAGCCAUAUUGAACGCAAAUUACAUGAUGGCAAGACUUAAGGAUCAUUACGAGCUGAGAUACCGUGGAAAAAAUGGUUUUUGCGCUCAUGAGUUUAUACUGGAUUGUCGUCAGUUUAAAAAAUCUGCUGGCAUUGAAGUUAUCGACAUUGCAAAACGCCUUCAAGAUUACGGUUUUCAUGCUCCCACCAUGGCUUGGCCAAUCAGCACAGCUCUUAUGAUUGAACCAACUGAAAGUGAAAAUAAAGCCGAAUGUGAUCGACUAUGCGAUGCAUUGAUAUCUAUACGUGAAGAAAUCAGAGAUAUCGAAGAAGGUCGCAUGGACACUGUCAACAACCCUUUAAAGAACUCACCCCAUACGCAAGCAGUUCUUCUUGAGGAGAAAUGGGACAAACCAUACAGUCGUGAAACAGCAGCCUUCCCAGCACCAUGGUCUUUGCGAUCCAAAUUUUGGCCUAGUGUUGGUCGGGUGGACGACGUGCAUGGAGACUCUCAUUUAGUCUGUUCCUGCCCACCCGUCGAUGCGUACGAAUAUGAUCAAAAGCAGGGAGGGUUGUAAGAUCAAAAUGUUACUUAACAUUUGCAGUUAAUUACCUUCAGGAAAUUAAUUUUCACAGAAAUUGCCUUUUUAAAAAACGAUUUACACUCAUUUCUUAUUCUUCUGAUUUACCUGAAACUACAUGUAAGAUAUAUACGAAUAUCAACUUGAGCAAUUUUUACUCAAUGCCUCCCGCAUAGAAGUCUUUGAAAAACGAAAUGUCAUCAAAUUCUUUUUUUUGCGGAAUUAAAAAUAUAAAAAAAAUAUUCGCGAAAAUAAAAUAUUGUUUUCAAAAAAUUUCUCGCGAAAAUUAAUCCCUUAAGUUAUAUAGUUCUAUAAUUUAAUGUUAUAUAAAUAAAUUGUAAAUGUCCUUUGUGUAGGGGAGGGAUGUUGAAUUCUGUGAAUCGCUGAAACUUAUGCUACUGUACUAAUAAUGUUUUCGUUGUAAGCAAAUAUUCUCUUUUGUUGCGUCUUUUUGUGCAACUGGAGCAAGAUAAAACAAAUUAUAAUUGGUAAUAAUAUAUCUAUGUAAGUGGUCCAUGAUUUAAUUUCAAGAAAAGUUACCUAGCAGAGUUUGAUAUUUAUAAUUUUUCAUGUAAAUUAUACACAAUUUAAAAGGACAGUGUUGUGAUGUGUUUCAUAGGAUGAUGGCCCACCACUUUGAGUUUUCUUUUCCUCCUUGACCUCCUUAAAUUUGAACUUUUUUCUUUUCAUAUUUCGAAAUUUAGCACGUGCAUCAUGUUGCUCUAUAUUAGUACUGUUCCAAAGUGUAUCAGUGUUUUGUUCAUAAAGCUGUGACACAAACUUUAAGUGCGCUGUUUGUUUCCAGAGGUAAUACCAGAAAAUAAAACGGAAUCACCUCUUUAAGUAUCACGUGGUCUCUUUCUUCCCAAUAUUACUGUCUUCGACACCCUUAAAUUUUUAUUGCAAUUAACACUUCGGUAAAGUAAGGUGGUUAUUGGAUUACGGCGUUAAUACAAUACUCUUUAAAAUAGGAAGAAAACAUUAAUUUGGUGUAUAUAUAUCUUGUAAUUUUAUUUUGACUUUUUUUUAAUUUUCUUUUCCAUACUUGUAUAAGGACUAUAAUUUCGUAUUUACUUUUUUUGAUUUAUGUGAGGCAUAGGAACGUAAUUUUUUUCUAGCUACUUGGCGAAAGAACUGAGAUGAUUAUUUUUUGGAUAUACUUACUUGUAACAAGAUCUUUCUUUAUGCUACUAUGAUAAUGGGAA